AUGCCUUGGCCAUUCUUUCUCCUCCUGUACAUACACACUGCAUUUUUACAUGGAAGGGAUGAUGUAAGGCACAUUGGAAUCCACAAAUUCCGAUUCAACGACAACGUCGCAAAGUUGGCCGACGUUCCUCUAGACGUCCCAAGGACUGUCGACCCGAAAAGCGUCAAGAAUGAUGAAAACGUAGACAAGAAGGGAGGAAAGUCAGGAAUUAGCGAUGAAAAGGUAAACGACAGAGUCGUCAAGACACAGGAGAAAGAUGAGAAUGAUGAAAAAGGUAAAGAAGAAACAAAAGACGGCGACGAAAGCCACAAGGAUGUUAAACCAGAGACUAUCAGUCCAUCUGAUAAGAAACUAGCGGAUAGUGACGUAAAUGGAAGCGUCAAUGCCACAAGUGGAAACCCAAACAUCCUGAAUGGCAAUUCAAGUAUCUCUGGUAACAACGUAAAGUCAUCAAAGAGGCCCUCAUUCCUCAAUUUCGAACAUGAAAAGGAGAUUAAUCACGCCCAGGCAAUUGGAUACACAAGUUCGACGUACCCGAAUCCAACCACUGACCCUCACUUGUGUAUACACUCAAACGAUGUUAAAAGUUUUCUUUGCGACCCUGACGGGAUAUUGAGUGAUUCAGAGCAGAUUAAACUCAAUAGAAUACUCCUCAAGUGUAAAAUUCGGACAUUUGUGGCACUCGCAUUAAAUAUUCUUGUUGGCUCAGAGGAUCCGAUAGAGACGCAGAAACAAUUUGGAAUCGAACUUGAAAAGUGA